AUGCCUGCGCAGACGGAAAAAAGCGCGCUCAAGCGAGGUCGUUAUUCGCAAGGUGAGCAGAACGAGCCAAAGAGAAACCGACAGUCGCGCCUGUCGCCUCCACCGCCAAACAGCCGUCUGAAGCAGGGCCCACUGCCGUCGCCCGUGACCAACAAGGAAUCAACUGGAGAUGCUUCGGACAAAUACAAGGAAGCCACGGUGAGCCCUCCUCCUGGCCCUCGGCCCAGCCAGGCACAGGCACAUGUACGCGGCGGCCUCUCGUCGCCACCGUCGGACACGCAGCCCUUUUCGCAGUUUGUCUACCCGAGUGAGAAGCGCACAUACGCGGUCGAGGAUGAGGAAGGCGAGGAAGUCUGGGGCUACCUGGUGCCCAUGGACGCGAGCGCGGGCGACGUCAUGGUCCUGCGCCGUCGCCAGGCCUGCCCCGUCCCCCAGGCAUUGGUCGGCAAGACGGACGGCAAGCAGAGUGUGACCAAGGGCGAGUACAAGGGCCAGGAAGAAAAGUACGAGCAGGAGAAGCAGGAGCGCGGUGUUCCCGCUGGCGGCUACCUCAUCGGACGCCAUCGAGAGUGCGAUCGUGUCCUAGAUUCGCCUACCGUCUCGAACCGGCAUUGUCUGCUGUUCACGGAGAAGAAGGGCGGCGAUGCUAUUGCGGUGCUCGAGGACCUCUCCGGCAACGGUACCUUUGUCAACGAGUCCCUAGUCGGACGAAACAAGCGUCGGGAAUUGCACGAAGGCGACGAAAUCGCCAUUCUCGACCAAGCCCGCUACGUCUUCCGCUACCCACUGCGCCGCAACACACACGGCUUCCGACAGCUGUACACAUUGCAAGAACAGCUGGGCAAGGGCCAUUUUGCCUCGGUGUACCUAUGCGCUGAAAAGGCAACAGGCAUACGCUACGCAGUGAAGAAGUUUGAGAAGCGCUCGGGUCCCGGCGAGAAGUCAAAGGUCGACGGCCUGCAGCAGGAGAUUGCUGUGCUCAUGAGUGUCAGCCACCCUGCCCUUCUCUGCCUCAAGGACACGUACGACGAAGACGACGGCGUCUACCUAGUGCUCGAGCUAGCCACAGAGGGCGAGCUGUUCAACUGGAUCGUCAUGAAGCAAAAGUUGACCGAGGACGAGACGCGCAAGGUCUUUGUGCAACUGUUCCAAGCAGUGAAAUAUCUUCACGAACGAAGCAUCGUUCAUCGUGAUAUCAAACCCGAAAACAUCCUGCUCACCGACAAGAACCUCUCUAUCAAGCUGGCCGACUUUGGGCUUGCCAAAAUCAUCGGCGAAGAGUCGUUCACGACAACGCUGUGCGGCACCCCAUCAUAUGUUGCACCCGAGAUAUUGGAAAAUUCAAAUCACCGCCGCUACACGCGUGCUGUCGACGUGUGGUCACUUGGCGUUGUGUCUCGCGUCAUCAAGGGCGCCGAAGGCCAAGAUGCUGUCAAGGUGUACGAGAAGAAUGGAAUCGAAAAUGGCACGAGGAUGAAGGGAAAAAAUACUCGGCCCCCCGCCGAGGAACAGCCUGCCGCACAGAGGCGUCCAGAAGAAUUCGUCGAAAUGGGCGGCAAGGGCGACCAGACACUCUAUUCUGAAGAGGAUGACGGGUCUCGCUAUGCAACAGACCAGAGUCUUGCAUCCGCGCAGAGCAAGAGGGGCAUGACAUGA